UUUGAGAACUAUGAGAAUUGAGAGAUGACCGCUAUUGGAAUGGCUUCUUAAAUAUUGAGUGACAAUCACCUUGAAGACUGGUAUUGGAAUAGCUUCUUGAGGUGAAUGGAAUUGGGUCUUUUUACAAAAGCAUUUACUAAACGUCGGUUCUUUCUGUAGAAUGGACUCUUGGAUUGUGGAUUCAACUUGGAAGAAUUGCUAUAGACUCUUGGAAGCGAUUCUUAGAUGGAAAAGAAACAAGAAGUUCCUCGCCAAAUUCAUUUUAGUAUCCUUUCCUUUAGAUAUGAAAUUGCUUUCUUUUAUUAAAUUGAAUAAGAAUAAAUUACUUCAAUUGUAAAUAUGUAUAAAGAUUUGAU